GUGAUGGUCGUUACUCUUUGUUGGGGCAGCCUCUUCAGUACAGUCUCUGUCCUCCACAUCUCAUGCAUGGUCAGUCCUCCUACAGCUCCCACCAGGGUCAAGGAGUAAUGAAACACGGGGCACGAGGGAAAAAACAAACACUCAAAUCUGCGUCAACAGAUCUCGGCACCACUGAUGUUGUGGUGAGUCGAGUCCUCGAAGUAACUGACCUGCCAGAGGGAAUUUCACGUCCAGAGGCCGAGAAGCUCUUCAACCAGCUGUCACUAUGUGGUGCCAAGAUCCAGUGGCUCAAGGAGCCCCAGGGAGGCCGAGGAGUAGCGGGAGGCUGCGGCCCCUGUCCUGGAGCGGGGCUGUCUGGACCAGGAGCCAGCGCAGGAGCCGGGGGAGGAAACGACCCAGCUCACCUCUACACGGUAGUGGCAGUGUUCCCCAGCACCAUGGCUGCUCAGAGUGCUUCCUUCAAACUUAACAACAGCGGGGCCAGCCUCUUCAAACUGAGGGCCGCCAAAAAGAACUAUGACCUGCGUGUGCUGGAGAGAGCCAGUUCUCAGUGAGAGGAAAUGAGAGAUGGAGGAAAGACACAAACAGACAGACUCUUGGUAAAAUGGUGGAAAAGGAAGGAGGACUGAGGGGGACUGCUAUUAAUGUACAAUUAAGAAUAAAAUGACAAAAAAAUUAAAUAAUGUGUCAAAUGUAUAAAAGGGAAGAAGGUGUGAAUCAUGAGGUGGAUGGUGUUUGGUUGCAAAUCCGAUUUUUGUUUGUUUUUCUUCAUUGGUUUUGUUUUGUAUUUAUAAAGCGGAAGAGCACACAAGACACUCGAGCAUGUGUUUCACAGUUGCUGUGGUACGUGUGCUGCCACGACACAAAAACACAUGCAAGGUCACACACACACACACACACACAAACCAAAAGACACAGACAGACACAAAAGUGCAGGCAACAGGGUCACGUAGCACAUAAACAAAAACACACUGGACAGUCGAUCUUUUUCAGACCUUAUCCUCCUCCACCCUUCUGUUCUACAGCUCCUUUUGCUGCCAGCGCUUUCUCUGAUUCCUCAGCUCUCCAUCACCCAGUUGUCUCAGAUUCUCAUAUAUUUAUAAAUAUUCAUACGCACAGGUGCGCACUCUCUCUGCUGUCCCCAGCUGCUUCCCCUUCUUUUCUUGCCAUUGCCCCCCCACCCCAUUUUCCUUCCUAACUUUCUCUGCUUCUCUGUUCCUCUCACCUAGUGUCGCUGCUCUCYCCUCUCCUGCUUUGUUUGCCUUACUGCUGUUGUGGGUUUCUGUAUUGCGCUGUUUUUUCCCUCUCAGAAGUUCUUUUUUCUUUCUUUUCUUCCUUUUUUUUGAGGGUUCAAUAUAUUUAUAUAAGUGAUGUAAGGAAUAAAAGAGAUCUAUAUAUUCAGUGAUUUUUUUUUCUUUCGUUCCAGAGUGGGCCUUCCUUCAUCUUUUACUCCUUCCUUCUUAACCCCUUCUUCUCUUCCCCACACUUGUUUCCUCUUUGCUGCCCUCUACCUCACUUCUUCUGCCCCCUCCUCCCUCCCACAACUGCCCCCCACUUUCCCCAGCUCCACCCAGACGUCCCCAUUGUGUUUGCGUUUUUUUGUUGACAGCUGUGCAGAACGUAUAAGAAGAAGUAGUUAAAGUGCACAAUGAUUGCAUAUGUCUACUGUAAAUUUUAUUUAAUCUGUUAUUUUUGUUUGUUUUUAAAAAUAUAAAAGUUGAGAAAAAUCUAUUAAAAUA